AUGACGAUGACUACAUCAGCAGCUUUAGCAUCCAUUGCUGACGGAUUCCAUAUCACGGAUAACCAAUACAAAGCCAUUGUCGAAGGAUUCAAGGCUGAAUGCAACAUGGGCCUAAACACACCUUUGGCGUCUUCAGAUCAACCAACCAUCAUGAUCCCAUCCUAUGUGACUCGUAUGCCAAAAGGUGAUGAAACUGGCACAUUUUUAUCACUCGACUUGGGUGGCAGCAACUUGCGUGUAUCAGCAGUCGAGUUGCUAGGUCAAGGACAAGUUCAAGUGGCCGAGGUGAAACGCAUUGUCACCGAUGAUUUGCGUACAGGUGCUAUUGAUUCUUUCUUUGACUGGAUGGCAGAUGCUGUACACGAACUACUAUUGCAACAGCACAUGACUCAGCUAUCAGCUACGGAACCACUCGCCAUGGGUGUUUGCUGGAGCUUCCCUGUAGACCAAACGAGCAUCAUACAUGGCAAGAUUCUACGAAUGGGCAAAGGAUUUACUUUGGAAGGCAUUGAAGGCCAAGAUCUGGCGGGGCUCUUUCAUCAAGCCUUUGCACGUAAGGGACUCAACAUUGUUGUGACAGCGCUUGUCAAUGACACGGUGGGAACAUUGGUUGCCCAUGCCUAUAGUCAUCCUGGAGCGUGUAUUGGGUUUAUCUAUGGCACGGGUGUCAAUGCCUCGUAUCCGGAAAAGAUAAGUCGUAUCGGCAAGUUGCAUGUUGGAAAUGGUAGCAUCACCAGCAACCUGUCAGAGCAACAUGCUGAGCAAGAGCAGCAGCAAAAUGAUGCAAUCAUGCUUAUCAAUACUGAGAUUGACCUUUUCGGCAAUGAGUCCUACUUACCCCUCACCCCUUUUGACAAAGCGCUCGACCAACAACAUUCUCAGCCCAAUUUCCAAGCUUACGAGAAAAUGAUGUCUGGUGCUUACCUUGGCGAAUUGGCACGACUUGUCAUUGUAAGUCUCACAAUCGAGCACAAAGCAUUGUUUGGUGGACAUCUACCAUCUCAGUGGAAGGAGCCAUGGACUUUAACCACCACAUGGAUGAGCGAGAUGGAAAGCAUGCAAAAUAAUGAGCAACGGCUGACAAAAUUUAACGAAUGGAUCGCCGCCGAGACAUCAGAUAAUCCCACAACAACAGCCACAUCCGAGGAUAUGGAGCAAUUGAUGCAAGUAUGCACAAUGAUAUCAACUCGCGCUGCAACAUUGGCAUCUGCAGCCAUUGCAGCCAUUAUUGAACAGCAAGGCCUUUUGGGUAAUGAAGAAGGAAGCGAUAACAACGACCCAAUCAUCAUUGGUGUCAAUGGAUCUACGUUUGAAAAGUAUCCACAAAUGCAACAACGGAUCUACUCCAAGCUACGAUCAUGGUUUGGUGACGAAGUUGCUGCUCGUAUUCAACUUGAUUUGGCGAAAGAUGGUAGUAGUAUAGGUGGUGCGCUGAUAGCUAUGUUGUACCAUCCAAGCAUGCAAUCUCCGAAAAUUGAUAACCAAGACAAUGCAUAUGUCUCCUGCUUGCCGCCGUGGGUGAUUCGUCGUUUAAGCAAAAUGAGCUUUCUUCAACGACCAUUCUUCAAGAAGCUCGUCUUUCGCAACAAGAGCCAUAACGCUAUUACUAAAAAGGAAAAAUCGGCAUGA